AUGGCGCCGUCGCAGAAGAGAUCAAUCGAGGACGACUUUAUCCAUACCCUCUCGGACAACGAUGACGAUGCUCUGAAGGAGGAGGAAGUUGCCGUUCAGCCGCCCAAGAAGAAGGCCAAGACGAUCAAGAAGUCGAGCAAGAAGAACAAGGAUGAAGCGCCUCAGCCCGAGGAAACCGAGGGCGUGUGGGGAGACAAGGGCGAGGAUGACGGCGCCAUGGACUCUGACUUUGAGUUCAUGCUAGACGACGCGGGCGAGCUCGGCGAGGACGAAUUCGAGGGAUGGGGAUUCGAAGGCGCAAAGAAGGGCAUGGCCGUCGAGAAGGUCGGCGUCGAUCUGGACGAGAUCAUCCGAAGACGGAGAGAGAAGAAGAACAAGAAGGAUGGCAAGGAGGACGAGGCCGCCGAGGAAGAGGGCGCUUCUCUCAAUGGGGCAGACAUUGACAUGGACGAUGACGAGGACGGCGUAUUGGCAGACGACGCCUUUGGCAUGAACGUGGACCCAGACGCCGAAGAAUCUGCGGACGAGGCCGACGCCAACAGCGACAGUGACAACGAGGACAAAGAGGACAAAGAGGAAGACGAAGAUGACGACGCAGCCUCGGAUAACGAUUCGGUAGCCACCCCGGUCAACCACCCCGACGACAUGUCUGACGAUGACGACGACGAAGAGGACGCUGAAGAAAAGGCCAAGCGCGACGCCUUCUUCGCGCCCGAGGAGAAGCCCAAGCCUGGACAAAAGGUGGAUGUCUCGUCGUUCCAGGCCAUGUCUCUGUCGCGACCCAUUCUGCGCGGCAUCACCACCGUUGGCUUCACUAAGCCAACCCCCAUCCAGGCCAAGACCAUCCCCAUCGCGCUCAUGGGCAAGGAUCUCGUCGGUGGUGCAGUUACUGGUUCCGGUAAAACAGCAGCAUUUGUUCUCCCCAUUCUGGAGCGACUCCUCUAUCGGCCCAAGAAGAUUCCCACCACUCGCGUCGUGAUCCUCACCCCGACCCGUGAGUUGGCCAUUCAGUGUCAUGCUGUGGCUACCAAGCUGGCGGCGCAUACAGACAUCAAGUUCACGUUGGCUGUUGGUGGUCUUAGUUUGAAGGCCCAAGAGGUGGAACUACGGUUGAGGCCGGACGUGAUCAUCGCAACCCCUGGACGAUUCAUCGACCACAUGCGCAACUCAGCCAGCUUCUCCGUCGACACGGUCGAGAUUCUGGUGCUUGAUGAAGCCGAUCGAAUGCUCGAGGAUGGAUUUGCCGACGAGUUGAACGAGAUUCUCACUACGCUACCGAAAUCACGCCAAACAAUGCUCUUCUCCGCUACCAUGACCUCCACCGUCGACCGUCUCAUCAAGGUCGGACUGAACAAGCCCGUCAGGGUCAUGGUGGACUCUCAGAAGAAGACCGCAGGCACGCUCACCCAGGAGUUUGUGAGACUUCGUCCCGGGCGUGAGGAAAAGCGGAUGGGUUACCUGGUACACAUCUGCAAGAACCUCUACACAGAAAGAGUCAUCAUCUUCUUCCGCCAGAAGAAGGACGCCCACAGGGCGCGAAUCAUCUUUGGCCUUUUGGGCUUCUCCUGCGCGGAGCUUCACGGUAGCAUGAAUCAAACACAGCGUAUUGCCAGUGUCGAAUCUUUCCGAGACGGCAAGGUCAACUAUCUACUGGCAACAGACUUGGCCUCUCGUGGUCUCGAUAUCAAGGGCGUCGAUACCGUCAUCAACUACGAGGCACCCCAGUCCGUAGAGAUUUACGUGCACAGAGUCGGUCGAACGGCCCGUGCCGGACGUGCUGGUACGUCGGUCACGCUCGCUGCCGAGCCCGACCGCAAGGUUGUCAAGGCUGCCGUCAAGGCCGGCAAGGCGCAGGGGUCCAAGAUCAUAAGCCGCGUCAUCGAAGCCAAGGAUGCCGACAAAUGGCAGGCUGAGAUUGACGGUAUGGAGGAUGAGAUUGAGGAGAUUGAGAGGGAGGAGAAGGAGGAGAGGCAGCUCGCUCAGGUGGAGAUGCAGAUCAAGAAGGGCGAGAACAUCAUUCAGCACGAGGCCGAGAUCAAGUCAAGACCGAAGCGAACUUGGUUCGAGACGCAGCAGGACAAGAAGAACGCCAAGCAGGCCGGGAGGGAGGAGCUGAACGGGCCGCAAGCCGGGAAGAAGAAGGGCAGCGCAACGAAGCUGAGCAACAAGGACAAGAAGAAGCUCGACGCAAAGGCACAGCGGGCGGAGGGCAUGGGGUGGAAGAAGGGCAAGAAUGACGCAGCAAAUGCUGUGGCAAAGAACAAGAAGAAGGCACCUGUCAAGGGCAAGACACCGAUGAAAGGCAAGGCACCGGAGAAGGGCAAGGCAAAGGCGCAGGCGAAGAAGCCCAGGGGUAAGAGGUGA